CGACGACAACGCAGGAUGGGACGGCUGGGCAGGUGCAUGAAUCAGAGAGAGAGCCACCGGGAAGGGAGUGCAGGAGGUGGAGGAAGGCUGUGCUGUGAUGUUGAGAGAGCGAGGAAGCUGCUUGCCCUCCGUGCUCAUGAGGCCUUCUGCUUCAGGGCCGGCGAGGGAGUCCUGGCUGACGGCGGCCCAGGUAGUGGGGGAGUGGCUGUGAUGGGGGAGGCAGAAGCGGACGUGGGGGCAGCAGUGGAACUCAGCGGGCUGCCCCCUGACAUCCCGGACGAGCUGCUCACACUUUACUUCGAGAAUCGCCGAGGCUCUGGGGGAGGACCUGUGUUGAGUUGGCAAAGACUUGGCCUCGGGGGCAUACUCACCUUUCGGGAGCCUGCAGACGCAGCAAGGGUCUUGGCCCAGGAGGCACACGUGCUUCAAGGUGCUCGACUGAGCCUGCGGCCGGCCCCACCACGCGCCCCGACACGCCUGCUGCUCCAAGGGCUGUCUCCUGGCACUGCACCCCAGCACCUGGAGCAGUAUGUGCAAGCCCUUCUUUGUGCCACAGGGCACCUGGAGCAGCCCUGCCACAGCCUGGCUAGUCCCCGACCAGACCGGGCCCUGGUCCAGCUACCUGUGCCCCUUUCUGAGGCAGAAGUCUGUGUCCUGAAGGAGCGGGCCCGGGCCCUGGACCUGGAUGGGGCGGAGGUGUCCCUGGCCUGGGUGCCCUGGGCCCGAGCCGUGCGUGUAGUGGAGAGCAGCCCCCCUGCAGACCUGCUGCUGCUGGAGCUGUACCUGGAGAAUGAGCGCCGCAGUGGAGGCGGGGCCCUGGAAGGCGUGCGCAGCCUGCCUGGGGGCCUGGGCACCGUCGUCUCCUUCCAGCAAUGGCAGGCGGCUGAACGGGUGCUGCAGCAGGACCACUGGCUGCAGGGCUCCGAGCUGAGCCUCGUGCCCCACUACGAUGUCCUGGAGCCUGAGGAGCUUGCCAAAGACAUCAGUGGAGGGAACCACCUAGCCAUGCUGGGGCCUGGGGCCACCGAGCAUGCUCUCCUGGAGGCUGGAGGGCCAGUGAGGGCACAGAAUUGUGCAGGGGACAUGACACCGGGCUCUGAGGAGGCACCAGGGCGAUCGGGAACCUCUCUGAGGGCAGGUCCUCUCCAGGACAGGUCCUCUCUGGGACAAGCCGGGCCAGUCAGCCUGGAGCCCAUGGGGUAUUCAGAACAGGAGGGGCCCCAGGUGAGCCUGGGGACUGUGGGGUCUCCAGAGCAGGCAGGGCUAGUGAGCCCGGGGCCUAUGGGGUCUCCAGGCCCACUGGAGAUUGCCAUGGGGUCUCCAGGGCAGAUGGGGUCGGGGAGCCUGGGGCCUGUGGGGUCGCCAGGGCAGGAGGGCCUGGUGGAGACGGUGCUGCUGAUGGAGCCGGGAGCGGUGCGCUUCAUGCAGCUCUACCACGAGGACCUUCUUGCUGGCCUGGGAGACGUUGCCCUCUUCCCACUUGAGGGACCAGAUAUGAUUGGAUUUCGGCUCUGUGGAGCCCUGGCACCGUGCCAGGCAGCCGAGGAGUUUCUGCAAAGUCUGCUGGGCAGCAUUAGCUGUCACGUACUGAGCCUGAAGCACCCAGGCAGCGCCAGGUUCCUGCUGAGCCCAGAGGGGCAGAGCCUUCUUCAGGGGCUGGAGGCUCAGUUCCAGUGUGUCUUUGGGACAGAGCGUCUGAACAGGGCCGCCCUGGACACAGACCCUGGAGAGGCGGACCUCGCUGAGACCCUCCAGGCCCUCCCUGGCCACUCCCACACCCUGUGGCCUCCAGACAAUAUGGACAGUGACCAGGAGAACGUGAGCCUGGAGGAGGUCCAAGAGCUGCUGGCCACCCUGGAGGGCCUGGACGGGGAAGACUGGCUGCCGCUUGAGCUGGGAGAGAAGGAGUCUGAGGGGCAGCUGGAGGAAGCGACUCCCAGGGCUGGGGAGGGGCCCGUGGCCCCCAGCACUGGGGUGCCUGAGUUGCUGGAAGAGGAGGAAGAAGUGACUCCCAGGGCCGAGGAGGGGCCCGUGGCCCCCAGCACUGGGGCAUCUGGGCGGCUGGAGGAGGAGGCUGCCCUGCAGCUGGCUCUUUACCGGUCACUGGAGCCACGAGGCCAGGUGGCUGAGCAGGAGGAGGCUGUCGCACUGCAGCGAGCCCUGGCCCUCUCCUUGUUGGAGCUACCCACCUUGGAGAAAGAAGAGGAGCUCCUGGAUUCAGACUCUGGCGGCUGGGCCCAGCUGGUGGUGCAUGCAGCCUUUGAGCAGGAUAUGGAUGAGCUGAACCGAGCACUAGAGGCUGCCUUGGAGGGGCACCUCUGGGAGGAGACAGUGGGGCCCCAGGACUGUGUGCUGCCCGCAGAGCUGUGUGCCCGCUUGGAGCGGUGCCACGGCGUGAGUGUUGCCUGUCGCGGUGACUGCACCGUCCUCCGUGGCUUUGCGGCCCAGCCCACCCGUGCGGCCCGCCACUUAGCAGCACUGCUGGCUGGCCCCCAGGAUCAGAGUUUGAGCUCUCUCUUGGUGGCUUCGGGGCCCCCUCUGCCACAACAGAGGCUGAGGGAGUCCUUGGGCAGGCUGGAGUGUCUGGCUGAGAGCAGCAGCGAAUUCCAGAUGGUGGUACAAGCCUUCUACGACACCUUGGACGCACCCCCUGGCAGGAUCCGCAUUGUCCGGGUGGAGCGCGUGCUGCACCCGCUGCUGCAGCAGCAGUACGAGCUGCAUCGGGAGCGCCUGGAGCAGUGCUGCGACCGGCGCCCAGUCGAGCAGGUCCUGUACCACGGCACAUCCGCGCCCACCGUCCCUGACAUCUGCGCACACGGCUUCAACCGCAGCUUCUGCGGCCGCAACGGCACGCUCUACGGACAGGGCGUGUAUUUUGCCAAGCGCGCCUCCCUGUCGGUGCAGGACCGCUACUCGCCCCCCAACGCUGAGGGCCACAAGGCGGUGUUCGUGGCUCGGGUGCUGACGGGCGACUACGGACAGGGCCACCGCGGGCUGCGGGCACCUCCGCUGCGCGCUCCGGGCCACGUGCUCCUGCGCUACGACAGCGCGGUGGACUGCCUCCGCCAGCCGAGCAUCUUCGUCAUCUUUCACGACACCCAGGCGCUGCCCACCCACCUCAUCACAUGCAAGCACAUGUCCUGGUCUCCCACUGGAGAGCCCGCUAGGCACUUGGGCGACUCCCCAGCCACCUAACCCCGGAGACCCUCCCCUCGGCGCAGCCUCCGGCCUCCUCCUCCCCAGGCUCGGCUCUGCACCGCCCUCUCGCCCCCUCCAUUGCCUGGGGACAUCCCUGUGUCCUGCUGUGGUGCCUGUACGGGCGGUCGGACCAGGAGGUUUGGGGCUGUGAUCCCCCCGGGGCCAGGUCCCUGCGUUGGCCGGCCCAACUACCA